UAUUACGGAUUCAUUCUAAGGAAUUUUAUUAUCUGUGACUAGUUUGUCUACUCCGGACCAAGGAUUACUUAGGAUUACUCCACUGUGAUACUACCAUAAUGUCUGCCAUCAGAGUGACUACCAGAAAUUCCCAGAGAAUGUGAACUUUCCAAAACAAAGCGAGAGAACAAAGAGACAUGGGGAACAAACUUUGUGCCCCGCUUUUGAAGAAAAAUUACCGAGGACAGGAGACGAACCCUUGGCAUUCCAGAAAGGACUCACACUUACUAAGGCUGUGGGCGGAUGUCUUUCGUGUUCAUGGAGAUGGCGACUACAUGCGUUGGGAGCGCGUGUCUGAUGACGUAGUUCCGGUCAACAUUUCGUGCAUUGAGGACACACCCAACACCGUGUUUCACGUCACAGCCUACAACCGACAAGUGGAGAAGAUUUUUGAUGUCAAGAUAACCCAGCCAGGUACCAUCAUCUGUCCGGCAACUGAGUGCUUCGUGCAUUGGAGAGACACCGCCAGCCACUGCGAGUGGGGGCUCAACUUCUCUACCCCGACAGACGCCCAAAGGUUCAGGGACUGCUGCUCGUUUCCCACCCAAAGAUUUGCCAGGAAAGCCUCCUCUGCAAGCUCACUGAGGCUGAGUCCGCCCAGGAGGCAGAAAAGUAAAGUGGCCAGCGCUUCAUCGCCAAGCUCCCCGAUUCGUCACUCUCAUUCAGUUGGUUCAGAUUUCAAAUCAGAAGAUGGUUGUGAACACGCCCAAGGUCUGACUGUUAUAUCGACCUCAAAGGGCACCAGGCAACAGACGACUAGCCCUGCUAAUCCAGGGGCACAGAACGGUGGAGGGACCCAUCGCUCCCAGUCCCCACCCUACACUUACGCAGUCAUCCAACGGCGUCGUCCUCAGGCCGCCGAUGAUUCUUGCGUCACCGUUGUCUCUGCCAGCAAUUCGAACAAUCCCGCUUUUAGGCGGUCGUUUCCCAGCGGACAUGUCGCUACCCCUUCCAUGGCCAGCGUCGUCUCUUCAAUGAUGUCCUCGGUGAAGGGGGGUCAAGGAGUGGCAACCAGUCUACCCAUGGCGGCCUCCGUUGCUGAUAAGGAUAAAAGUGGCGCUUCCUCCAGUUCGAAUUCUUCUGUGAAGAACGCUAGUGCACCUCCGAGCGUCACGGCGACACCCACGAAAACGACCUCUUCGUCUCUCAAGCUUGCAGACCCUCAAAUGCGCCCUUCCUCGGCGAUCUCGGAUUUGGCCAAUCAGAAAAGCAGCAGCCCAAAGCACGUUCAGAUCAGUGACAUUGUUAGUGUAAACAUCACCGGAACCUCCAUCCUCAACACCCCCACGGUGAUACACCCUUGCGCAGACAAGCCCAACGGGAUCCUUAAAAGGGACAACAGUGUGAGAAAUGAGAGGACCCAACAAAUACAAAUUUCGUCUUUCGCGGGAUCCGAAGAUGCCACACUUCCUCUUCGGCGUGCUGCCUCCCCAUCCGCUCUGCCUGAAGAGAACCCGGAUUCCAGGCCGCCAAAAGCCACUUUGAGAGUGGAUACAUCUUUGGCAGCACCGCAGUCCCGUAGCACAUCGUCAUCCGAGUCCCCGGAAUGGCCAUCACCCCCAGAACCUUUGACCCCGCAAACACCUCAGACCCCCAACGCCACAAGCCAGAUGUCUUUUGACAGUGACACCAUUCAGAAGAUGCUCAGGUCACUUCCAUCAUCACCCAUAGACAAAGACUACAGCAACGACCUUGACCUGGGAUUCCACGAAGAGCUGAACAUCUCCGACGACGGCCAGCUUCAGCCCCAAGACAGCAACGGACGCAGAGGAAGCAGGCUGUCCAGAACGAAAAGCCUGACCGUCCACGACCGCAACACCAAAACCAGCAGUAACCCUAGACGUCAACAAAGCAUGGACACUCCCGGUCAGCCAGUGUCCUACCAGAGGUCAGAAGGUCAAAAGCCGAGAAUGUUCAACAAGAUCGCCCUGGAGAAAGAGCUGAAGAUGCGGAACAAAAACAUCGCUGCCAACUAUCCAGACAGUGGCAUCGGCAUGGCCGUCGAUUCUGGAGCGUCUCUGAGAUCUGAAGGCAACUCCGCGUUUGUUAAAACAGGUAAACAUGUGAGCCAUGAGCCCAAGGCCGGUUCUGGUGGAGCCAGCAGUGAAAGCCGAGCCAGUGAACAGAGUGAUAUAAUCCGUCAGUUGGGCGAAGGCUCUGAGAUACGCCAGUACCUGGCUCCGGAUUUGUCUGAUGAUGAAGGUGAUGGAAGCGACGACAGCAUAGACACCAUGACAGAGACAGAGUCCCAGAUGUCGUAUGCUCGCCAGGUGGGAGCCAUUCGGAAGGCAGGUUGGCUGGUGGUAAAGAACUGGUUGCUUCACAAGAAGAAGAAGAUCGAGCUGGCUCCCAGACGAACCUGGAAGAGAUAUUGGGUGUGUCUCAAGGGGACAACACUCUUGUUCUUUGACUGUGAUGAAGAGAGCGCUGUGACAGAGAACAUCAUACCAAGGCAUAUUUUGGUGAUUGAAGGAGGCAUUGCCCAAGCUGUUCCUGAGCACCCAAAGAGAGAUUACAUUUUUUCUUUGAGCUCUGCAUGUGGAGAUGCUUAUUUGUUUCAGGCCUCAUCCCAGAUAGAUCUUGAGAACUGGAUCAGAGCCAUUCAUUCAGCUUGUGCUUCAUCCUAUGCCAGACAGCAUGGCAAAGACAACACUCUCAAACUGCUGUGUACAGAGUUGGCCAAGCUGGAUGCUAGCAUUGAUCUGGAUGUUAAAAUGCGUAAGAUGGCCGAGCUUCAGAUGACUGUGGUGACAGAUCCAAAGAGCAGGCAGGCCAUUGUGAAGCAGAUUGCUCAGUGGGAAGAGAACCUGGAGAAGCUGUACAUUGACCAGUAUAGGUUCCGGUGUUACUCAGCAUCACUGCAAGGAUCAGAAUUGCCAAAUCCAAAGGUUCUCUUGGCCUGUGCUUCGAAAGCAUCCAAGACAACUCUGGGUAGACUGGGUAUCUUCACUGUUACUUCCUUUCAUGCUUUGGUUAGUGCUCGCAAACCUCUGGUCCUGCCCAACAUCUAUGGGAAAACUAGCCAAAAAGGAGGCAUGCUCUCCCCAAGAUCAGAGGUGGUACAGAAGCCAAGGUCAAGGACACCCACUGCUCUUGUUAGCUCAAGUGCUAGUUCAGAAGCUUUGUUUAAAACACAACAAACACACUCGGACUCUUUAGAUAAUCUGUUUGAAAAAUCUGGACAUGAUAAUUAUCCUGGACAAGAGAGUUUGUCGAAAGUAACAUUGCCCAAUAAUCAGUGUUACAACUUUCAGACCAUGCUGAUCGGGGUAGACAGAGGGACAAGUGUUCAAGACCUGCUGGAGAUCACAUGCAGUAAAAGGCAGUUAAAUCCCAGAGAUCAUUAUGUCAGGAUCAAGCCUUUAGGCUCCACAGAUAACACAUUCCUCAUUCCAGACAAGCACGAGAAUAUCAAAAAAUUGCGAUAUGAUGCAAUAGAAGUCUGCCAGAAGUGCAUAUUCCAGAUGGAGCUAACCAAACCCACCAAGGAUGGACUGUUUGGCUUUGCUGUUGAGGCUGAGCUAGCUGAUGAUCAGGACAGAGAUGAUGAGCUGAGGGUCUAUGUCUGUGAUGUCACCAAAGAUGGAGUGGCUGACAGAAGAGGUCUUAUUGUUGGGGACGAGAUUCUGGUCAUCAACAGUAAAAUUGUCUCAGAGCUGGACAUGGUCUACAUUGAGACUUUACUCCAUGAGUCCCGCAGUCUCUUCCUGACUGUACGCAGCAUGAGGACACAGCCUCCACGCACAGACUUCAUCCAGAAGCACACAGAUGCCUACAUCAACAACAUGGUGGUGCCUCCCCCUCCUGCACAGUCCAGAUUGUCUGACAGGUCAUUGGGGAACUUAAUAGUACCAGCUCCAUCAGCAGAUAAAAGUACUAAAGAAGUUCCAGUUUUGUCAGUGGCUAAAGACAGAAUAUCUCGAAGUGUGUCCCCAGCACAAAUUGAUACACUCCUAGAGAAGGCGGAAGAAGUGACAGCCAUAUGUAGGAAAGAGGAAACUCUGACAAUAACCAAUGAGGAUGGCACUGUAGUAUCUAAACCUCUUUCUGAUGCACAAAGAAUGAGAAAAGCUAUAAUGGAACUGGUGGAAACUGAGCGGGCUUAUGUCAAAGACUUGAAAUGUUUGACAGAGAGAUACCUGGAGCCUCUCAAGGAGGAAACUUUCCUGACAUCUGGAGAGAUUCAGCAGCUGUUUGGUAACAUUCAGGAGAUUGUGGCCUUUCAGCAAAGGUUCCUUCACAGUUUAGAGGAAGCUGUAGAAUCACUUUCAGAUUUCUUUACCACAAAUGAUGCUUCUCAUUUCAAAAGAGUUCUGUUUUCCUUAGGAGGUUCUUUCCUCUACUACGCCAACCAUUUUAAAGUGUACAGUUCUUUUUGUGCUAGUCACUCCAGGUCUCAGAAAAUACUGAAUCCAGAUGCCAACGAAGCUCUGCGUGAGUUCCUGCGGGCCAGGAACCCUAAACAGCAGCACUCCGCCACAUUAGAAUCAUAUCUCAUCAAACCCAUUCAGAGAAUUCUGAAAUAUCCACUUCUUUUGCAGCAGCUGUGCAAUAUGACCAAUGUAGACACAGAUGAACAUCACCAUUUAUCAGAGGCCUUGAAGGGCAUGGAAGCAGUGGCAGAACAUAUCAAUGAAAUGCAGAAAAUCUAUGAUGAAUACGGAUCUGUAUUUGAUGAACUGUCCAAGUCAUACAAGGAGAAUAAUCCUCACAAACCACCAAUUGAACUAAAUGUUGGUGACCUACAGAUGUAUGGGACAGUGGAGUGGGUCAACAUAGCUGACCAUAUGGGUAAGGUGAAGAAGUCUGCAGAGUUUGAAAAUGUUGUCUUUGUCUUCAAGGCUGGUGUCACAUUUUUAUGCAGGGAGAGAUUAAAGAGAAAAAGAGCCAAGUCCCUGUCUACAAGGUCUUCUCUCAUUGAAGUGUCAGAGACCACAGAAAGAUUUCGUACUCUGAUACCAACUCAGGAGGUACAGAUCAGGACAGGGAAAGUUGGUGACAUGGAUCGACAUUACUGGUGGGAUCUGGUCCACUCCAGAUCAGAGCAUGAAGGUCGGCCAGAAAAAGUGUAUCAGUUUUGUAAUAGUACCAGUGAAGCCAAGUCAGAUUUCAUGAAAGUCAUCCGGCAGACUAUCAGGGAAAGUGUAAGAAAGAUGAUCAUUCCCAGUUCCACUCAUCAUCAUCCUCUCACCAGCAGCAGACCUUACUCUACCUCUCCCACACACAUGGCCCUGACCACAGACACAGACUGUGCUGGGGGGAUCUCUUCAUCUUACCCCUCCCCUUCCUCCCAUCCUCACCCCCUGUCCAGUCCACAGCUGGCUCUGUUUAAGCGACGAAUGAAGUCAUCCGAUGCAGAGAGACAUUCCAUGGACUUGGACAACAAGGUCAGUGAAAUGGAUCUGGACAGUGCAUUUAGGACUAGGAGUAAAACUAUAGGGGACUUAAAUGAAGCGACGAUGGAUGAAUCUGGUGGAUUUGUCCCUGGCACCCUAGAGCCAGCAGUGCCAGAUAAGAACAAUAAGGAAAACAGUUCCUGCUCCUCCAACUCCAACUUAAGCUGCUCAAGCCAAACUGGUAGCCAGACAGGCUCUGCCAAGCUUCAGUACGCCAGCACUGACCCACUUCACUAUUCUUCCAGCUCCAUUAAUUCAGGAGACAGGGCUGGGGCAUCAUCACCUGUCUGGAAACGGGUUGACACGAGUUUAAAACCUGGUCAGCAGCAAGAGGACAGCCAUUCAACAAAAAGCGGUGGGGGCAGCAGUAACAAUUCUGCAGAGAGCAUUCCCCCUCCACGACGUGAUACUAAAACCGUAGUGUUUGCUCCCCUGCCUGGUGGCGUCCCUCCUCUGAAGGAUACUGAGUGCUGAGUUUUACUUCAAAUUAUAAAUAAAAAGAUUAAUUCUCAAGCAGCCCAAGAACUCGAGGCUGAAUACAUUAUGUGACUACUGGGCUCAAGUCUGAAGUCUGUCCUAGUAUACUGCACAUCAGUCACAAACCAGUUUUUUUCAGCAGAUAGUGCUGGCCUCAUCACCUGGACCACAACCUAAUCCUUCAAUGUGUCUACGUUUGAUUACAACGCUUGUAAAGUAAGAAAAGAAAUACAAAUAAAGGAUUUGUCUCCAAGAGAUGAAGUAUACAUAAUAUACAUUGCAACAGAAAACAAAUGUUCUUUCAUCACUUCUCAACAAUGAUGCAAUAUUGUUCAUGUUUAUUAACUACACAAUAAAUUUGUUCACUCGAUUAUCAGUGAGUAAACAGAAGUUGUAACCAAAGGAUGUUUUUCUAUAAGGUAAUGAUGAAGGCAAUUAGAAAAUGGCUAAGACAAGACGCCAUCAUCAAUGAAAGAGUGGGAGUCAUUUUAAAGCAUUUGCUUGUCAUGCAGUAUUAAUACUGAGGCUUUCGUUUCUCAGAAAUGUCUACCUGUCAAGUUGCAAUUCUCAUCUUGAUGCUAUCUGACAGGGAGAGAGUGCCUACAACUUGUCAGUCUCUGGAAGUUCACUCCCCUUAUAUGAAGAGAAACCAGGGGCACAUUCUCACACAAACUACAUGACUGGUUUGGAUGCAACCUUUUUGGACCCAUAACUAUUGUCAUCAUCUUUUGGACCCACAUCAUCCCCACUGCCAAAGAAUGAUCCAUGCUUGCUGAUGUGUUAGUUAUGUUAUUGGAAAACAAAAUCCCACCAGAAACGGGUAAAAUCCCCAAGUUUGCCAAAUGAUGACUCAAACAAAAAAUAUUUUUGUAUCACACAAAGCUGUAUAUCUGUUGUUUUUGAACAGUAACAAUAUUUCUACACAUUUGCAAAAAAAAAAAAAAUAAUAAAAAAAGGAACUUUUGACUUUUAUCAAAUCUGAACUAUUUCUCUUAAUACAUUAUUUGUACAAACUUUUACAUUUAGUUCUUUGGUCAGCCAUUUGUCUGAAACAUUUCUUUCAAAUAUAUAUUGAUCUUAUCAUUUAACUCUAUCCACCUUUGUCAAGCCUGGUCAUUUAAUGACUCAAAUAUCAAGUUUAUAUUAUAGUUUAGAGCCUUGCUUUUCUUUAUACAACUCAUUUCUAUUUUGAUUAUAUUUGAAGGAAACUCAAUAGACUUGUGCAUUAUUAUAAGUGUGAGCUGAACUGUCUGAUUGAUUCUCAAUACAACUUGACACUAGCUGAUUCAGAUAGUAUUUCAUCACAACUUACUGAGUCAAAACAUUGGGCUAGCUCCUGUUACAAUUCAUGUAUUUCAUGGGGCUAGCAACUUAUGCUACUGGAAAUGUGUCACCAAGGGUUAGCCUUUUUUUGGCUUAUGCUAAAUCUGAGGCAUCUUACACAUUUUGGGGAUAGCAACUUAUAUAAUAGUUAAUGUUACAUUUUUCAGCAGGUUCUACUUGCAUAGUCAAUUUUCUGCUACUUUUUACAUUUACAGCUGCGCCAUGUGAAAUAAAUUUG